AUGAUGAAGUUAGGAACAUCUCUAUCUCUAUUCGUACUGGGCAUUUCCGCUAUCCCAGCUCCGGAUUAUGGACUGCAGCAGCUGCUUCAGAUCCGACCGGGUCAUCCAGAGCUCUACGGCCAACAGCCUAUCACCGACCAUCCGCCGUUCUCACCAGGCCAUCGCGAUCCGUAUGAUCACAAAGUCGACUCUGUUGGCGAUGAUAGACAGCCACUACCCUUCCGGAAUGGGGAUGGCACCAGCGUGAUGGGACCGCGUAACAAAGAUCGCGAACGUCAGAAUCCCGAUCUGGUGCGCCCGCCGAGCACCGAUCACGGUAGUACAUCCAACAUGCGAUGGAGUUUCGCCGACUCACAUAUACGAAUUGAGGAAGGCGGAUGGACUCGACAGACUACCAUCCGUGAGCUCCCCACAAGCCGUGAAUUGGCUGGGGUGAAUAUGCGUCUGGAUGAAGGAGUCAUCCGUGAACUGCACUGGCACACCGAAGCUGAGUGGGCUUACGUUCUCGCUGGAAAAGUCCGAGUGACUGCGCUCGACACAGAAGGCGGCAGUUUCAUGGAUGACCUCGAGGCAGGCGAUCUCUGGUACUUCCCUGCUGGUCAUCCUCACUCGCUCCAAGGUCUAGGACCCAAUGGCACCGAGUUCCUCUUAAUCUUCGACAAUGGCCACUUCUCAGAGGAGUCUACAUUCCUCUUGACAGACUGGAUGGCCCAUACCCCGAAAGCCGUUCUCGCCGAGAACUUCCGCGUCAAGCCCCAGCAGUUCGACAACAUCCCAACAUCCGAGAAGUACAUCUUCCAAGGAUCAAAGCCGGGCAGCAUCGAGGAAGAAAAGCCCCGCGGAUUCAAACAGUCCAAGAUCAAUUUUACCCAUCACAUGCAUGCUCAAACUCCGGUCGAGGGUACUGGUGGCCUCGUCCGCAUCACAGACUCCACCAACUUCCCCAUCUCAAAGACAGUGGCAGCAGCCCACUUGGAAAUUGCUCCCGGAGCUCUGCGCGAAAUGCACUGGCAUCCUAACGCUGAUGAGUGGACAUACUUCAAAAGGGGUCGCGCCCGUGUGACAAUCUUUGCUGCUGAAGGAAAUGCCCGAACAUUCAACUACAUGGCUGGUGAUGUGGGCAUUGUGCCAAGAAACAUGGGACACUUUGUUGAGAACCUGAGUGAUGAUGAACCGCUUGAACUCUUGGAAAUCUUCCGCGCGGAUAAAUUCCAGGACUUUUCUCUCUUCCAAUGGAUGGGAGAGACGCCUCAGAGACAGGUUGCGGAUACCAUCUUCGGAUCCGAUUCGAAGGCUGCAGAGAAGUUCUUGAAGAAUAUUGAGGGGGCCGAGAAAGAUCCCAUCAGGAAUACCAUCUAA